AGCAAGUACGUGCAUGUGGUUGGAUUGGAUCGCAAAGGUGGCAGCUCGCUUCGCUAUGCCACGCAGGAGAUCUUGAGGCUCACCAGUGCCCUCGGCUAUCCGAAGAUUGGUUUACGUUAUGACACCGAGCCCUCAAUGAGACAGUUGGCUGCUGCUGUUCAGACCGGGAGAUUGCGAAUGGGUUUGGUAACCAUGCUGGAGCCUGUCGCUCCACACUCCACGGCCCAUGGAGCUUUGCAUGCUGAGCGUUACAUCAGCACCGUUCGCAACCUUGGCAACUGUCUACUUGCAACCGUUCGCCAGAGGACAUGGCUGAAAAUUCACAGUGAUGAUCCUCUUUUCACGUGGGCUUAUGUGCACGCUGGCUUUCUUGUUUCUCGCUUCUCGGUGCACAAAGAUGGCUGCACUAGCCACGAACUUGUUCAUGGACGGCCUUAUGCGCAGAAGCUUUGCCCGUUUGGUUGUGCAGUCUACGCCCAGGUUCUUCCAAGGAACAAAAGCAAAGGCGAGCCAUGGAAACCUUUCGUUUGGCUUGGGCGCACGGACCUUGGCCAGCUGCAUAUCUUAGCGAAUGCCUCUGGCAUCCACUUUGCCAGAACGGUGAGGAGAUCACCCAAGAACUACGACGUCGAGCUCCUUAAGACCAUGAAGGGUGUGAAGGACCACAUGCUGAAGGAGGCAAUACUGAAGCGGGAGUUACACCUGAAGCUCCUUCAAGCUCUUCGUCUUCAAGCUCGUGGAAGCAAUGGCUCUUCUAUGUCGGAAGAGCUCAUCCCUGACAAUAUGGUGGCCAGGACCUUGGAACAGGACUUGCCAACGGGCCACGAGCCCGAACCUUCUGAUCUUUUUGGUCAGGGGGAUGGAGAUGAUGAUGCUGAUGCUGGUGUUGAUUGGGACCUUGAGGGCAUUUUGGAGGAUGGAAAAAGGCGAGCUUACGAAGAAGGUCCUCCUUCCUUGGGUGCAGACGACCUCUGCGCCUUGGACCUUGAGAUGGACAAAGUUGAGGAAAAAAGCCUCCUCGACAUGGGCGUGCUCAAGCCUCUUGUGGACUCCGGGAGGAAAGAAAACAUGGUGAAGUUGAGUUGCAAAUUCGUUCGUGAUUGGCGCUUCAGAGAUGGCUGGGUCCGUAGAUCCCGAUUGGUGGCUCGCGAAUUCCGCUUUUUGCAGCCUGACCUUUGUGACCUUUACUCGCCGGCUUCUUUGGCAUCUUUGCAAAAGCUCUUCGCGGCCCUUGCGUGCAGCAACCACGACGUGGUUAUCCUCUGCGGCGACGUGAAAGACGCCUACCUUUGUGUGGAACAACGCGACAACCUCACUGCCUUCAGUGGUGCUCCGGCUCUCUUUCUGGAGCCCCAGAGCAUGGGAGUCUUGACCCAUGUUGACGAUGUGGAAGCUGUUUGCCUCGCCUCCCGUGGUGAGCAGCUGAAGAAGCAUUGCACUAAGGCUGGCCUCAACAUCUCAUGGGAAGGCCCGCUUUCUUUGGAUGGUGGCUCUUGCAAGUUCCUCAAGCGCAAAAUGUUCUCAGUUGAAGGGGGCAUCCAGAUCGAGCAGGACAAGAAGCACAUUGCAAAGCUUGUGGAGCUGACUGGUGUUGGGAAUGCCACGGGAAAGAACACCCCUUGCCCAGCCAGCCCUCAUGUGGUCAGCAAGCAAGAUGAGGAACUUCUUCUGGGGGAACAAUAUGAUAUCUAUCGUACCAGCAUUGGGGUGCUUCUUUACCUAGGUCCGGACAGGCCAGACAUUUUGUACGCUGUGAAGGUUCUCUCGAGCCGCGCCACAACGCCUCGCAACCACGAAUGGAAGCUUCUCUGUCACCUUGUCAGGUACUUGAAGAAGCAUGAUGAUUGGGGUCUCUUGUUCACCAAGGCGUGGCCAGGGAGAACUCUGGAGCAGCGUUGUUUGAAAGCAGAAAGGCCUGAUGGUGGUGGCUAUGCUUCCAGCAACCCCUUCGAUGGGGAGCAUCUUCUUGAGAGUGUGUCUGAUGCUUCGUGGGGUUCAGAACCAGGGAAGUUGAGUGUUUCUUGUUCCAUCAUCUACCUCAACGGCAAUCCCAUCUAUAUCACCAACAAGCGUCAGAAAAGUGUGGUUCUUUCUUCGUGUGAGUCUGAACUUCAUGGCUCACUCCUUAGCCUCCAAGAAGCGAUCCUGAUCAAGUCUGUCAUCGAGGAGCUCACCAAGAAUACGUGCAAACUUGUGCAUCGAGUGGACUCGAGCUCAUGUCGUGCUUUGCUCAACCGUGAAGGCCUAGGUGGCUUGAAGCAUGUCGAUCUUCAUUACCUUUGGUGCCAAGAGAAAAGAAAAGCUGGGGUUUACAGUGUGAGCCCUAUUGGAACCAAGCAUUGCCCAGCUGACAUCGGCACCAAGGCUCAUGCUUUUGCUCGCUGCUCCCUUCUUUCCUACAUGAUCGGUGUGUGCGAUGGAGCAGGGAAGCCUAUAGGUGAGGAUGAGUUCGUCAAGAGCUGGGAGUCUGAAGCUCUCAGAAGACUUUUUGCAAAGACCUGUGGGCCCAAGCAAAGCACCUUGAACCUCAAAAGGAUUCUUGCCUUUAGCCUCGUAGACGGUGCCUUUGGAAGGUCGAUGGACAACGUCAUGACCCCCGUGAACAUUGCCCUCCUCUUUGCGGUGAUCUUUGGCAUGGCGCUCUACUUCGUCUACGUGGUGUACUACAACAACCUGGCUUCGAUGGGCACAACAACGAGAUCCAAGACCUCCUCUACGAGACCAUGGCGCUUUGGAUGGCUGCUGCUCUACGUCAACUUCGUGGUCUUCACCAUCGGCAAGGACACUUCGACCUCUACGAGCUCUUCGGCUUCAACACACGUGAGCUACUUCAAGAAGUUCUACAACAACAUCGUGGAGCACCAGAACCUCGUCUUCUUCGGCAUCCUGUUCAUCAUGUUUGCUGGCAUGUUUGUCUGCAUGGCCCCCAAGAAGAAGAAGGACAGCGACAACAACGAGAAGGAGGAGUUGAGCGACGAGAUGAAGGGAAGGAUCCACCAAUGGCUUACAGACAACGUGCUUCCACUACUUGGUGUGGACCAGACAAGCUCGAGCUCUACAGGACCUGCCGUACCUCCUCUUCCUGCUGCGGAUGAAGAACAAAACGAGUGGGCGCUGCUUGGAGAUGGAACUCCAUCUGAGGUGCGUCGCCAAGAGCUUUAUCGUGACAAUGGCAUUGAGUAUGACCCGAGCAUCAUCCAUGGCUGGCGUGGGACCUCUACUCCUAUGCCGGCACCAACUCCUGAACCGGUGGCAGAGGCCUCUGCUGAGGUGUGGGUCAUCGGCGAGCUUCGCAAGAACAAGGGCUUUCACCGCACCUGCUGCGGCCAAGUGAGAAAAGCGCGCUCCCAACGACCUGGUGACCUGAAGGCCAUGUCGAGAAGUGAGGCAGAAGCAAAAGGCCUGCAUGCGUGUAAGCAGUGCAACCCUGAGUGA